GCCCCCAGGGGCUCCCGGCGCCGUUCAGCGCACGUCCCAGGCCUGCGGCGGAUCUCGCGGAACUGGAACCCACGGUCACACUGCAAACAGGGCGCCGGGCUCAGAGAGGGGAAUUCGCGACGGCCACGCUUCCUCCUGUCGGGGCCGCGGCGCGCCGCCCGGCCGCGCCCCCAGCCGCGGGGACCCAGCUCCCGCCCCCGCCGCCAGCGCAGGCCCCGCUGCCGGGACUUCCGGGUCUCGGGGCGCUCUGCGCACGCGCGGGCGCCAUAUUGGCAGCGGCCACUCGGAGUUGGUAGUGGCGGCGGCGGCGGCGGGUUGUGUCCCGCGAGGAGAGUGUCCUUGUAGGUCUCCACUCUUCCGCGUGUCCCUCUGGAAUUUUACAAAGUUCAGAAAACAUGUCUCGAAGAUAUGACUCCCGGACCACUAUAUUUUCUCCGGAAGGUCGCUUGUACCAAGUUGAGUAUGCCAUGGAGGCUAUUGGACAUGCAGGCACCUGCUUGGGAAUUUUAGCCAACGAUGGUGUUUUGCUUGCUGCAGAGAGACGCAACAUCCACAAGCUUCUGGAUGAAGUUUUUUUCUCUGAAAAAAUUUACAAACUGAAUGAGGACAUGGCUUGCAGUGUGGCAGGCAUAACUUCUGAUGCUAAUGUUCUGACUAAUGAACUGAGGCUCAUUGCACAGAGGUAUUUGUUACAGUAUCAGGAGCCAAUUCCUUGUGAGCAGUUGGUCACGGCACUUUGUGAUAUCAAACAAGCUUAUACACAGUUUGGAGGAAAACGUCCCUUCGGCGUGUCCCUGCUUUACAUCGGCUGGGAUAAGCACUACGGUUUUCAGCUCUACCAGAGUGACCCCAGCGGGAAUUACGGAGGAUGGAAAGCCACAUGCAUUGGAAAUAAUAGUGCUGCAGCUGUGUCAAUGUUAAAACAAGACUACAAAGAAGGAGAAAUGACUUUGAAGUCAGCACUUGCUUUAGCUAUCAAAGUCCUAAAUAAGACCAUGGAUGUGAGUAAACUCUCUGCUGAAAAAGUGGAAAUCGCCACCCUAACAAGAGAGAACGGGAAGACGGUCAUCAGAGUCCUCAAACAGAAAGAGGUGGAGCAGUUGAUCAAAAACCACGAAGAAGAAGAAGCUAAAGCUGAGCGCGAGAAGAAAGAAAAAGAACAGAAAGAAAAGGAAAAAUAGAAGGAAGGACCAUGGGUUUUGUAACUCAGCUGGGGCCAUUUCAGUGUCCGUGCUGUCCUUUUCACCCUCGAAAGCUCUGACUUGUUUCGGCUUGUGUGGUGGGAGACCAGGAUGGCGCCAGCUCGCUUGGGUCCUUGCUGUCUCUGUCCACUCAGAUCUUGUAUUGACGAUUACUCGUCACGGACGCCCCAAUCCCUCCACCCUUGUUUUGGGGAAUAAAACUUGGAAAGAAUGGAAA